UAUGUUCACUCAGAACCAAUCAAUCAACCAACCAAUAAAGUCGGAACAAGGAAAAAUAUUUUAAUAUAUUCAUAGAAUAUUUGGCGUUCAGUUAUUAACCAAAAGAAAUAAAAAGAACAUCCCCAAGAAAAUAGAGAAAACAGAGGAAACUCUUAAUUAACACAACGAAGUCCAACUAAAUAGAACAUAAACAAAGCUCAAUUAAAUUAAAACGAAUUACGACGUGUUUUCUGCUGGUGUUAAGAGAAAAGAAAAAAAGUUGAAGCAAGAAAUUAUUGAUUUUUCAACGAAUAAGAAUUUUAAUAACUUUUCUUAUAAAUUGUGUAAUUUGUGAGUUGUGUGUGAUCCAGCCGAAAGUGGAGCAUUACAUUGCCUAGGAAAAACCUUGGGGAAGAAAAUAAAUAGUGAAGUGUGACAUAAAAAUAGUAUUGACUGCUACCCCCUCCAAUAACGCAACGACCGACCUCAUUCUCUGUUGCAAAUAAUCAAAAGCAGCUAAUUUCAGGCUAAGUAUUUUAGUAGUAUUUCAACUCCUCAUCGGUGAAUACUUCCCCAAAAGGAAGUUCUUUGCGACAAGAAAGAAGAAGAAGAAGAAUAAAUAAACAAAAACAAAAUAAACUAAAAUCAAAUUCACAUAAAACUCGCUCGCAUCACAUUACACAUAGAAUGCCACAAGCCGAGGGCGGUUAUGUCUCCCUAGAGGGAACGGGGGCCAACAACAAUGGCCAAUCGAUUUACCAAUCGACCACAGAACCCACAGGCCCCGUCUCCGUGUUUGAGUCCGUCAAGCGGGCCAUUGGUCAAGUGGUGGGAACUAACAAUGCUCACGAUUCUGAUGAUUUGCUCAAUAACGGUGGUCGCCAGCCCGUCAUAAUUGGUUCAAGAGACCGGGAUAAAACGGGUAAGACACUCAACACCAAGAUGCCAUCAGCACCAGCACACACUGCCGAGGAGGCUCGUCUUCUGGGAACCAUGCCUGUUGAUCCCAUGGAUGACAUUGAGCUGCGCUCAGUCCAACUGCAAUUCCCACAUGCCCGUGGCUCCAUUAUUGACUCUUGUGAUCAAAGACGUGUUGCCACGGAUAAGGGUGAAAUUUUAGUAGCCAUACAAGGUGAUACAUCGAAACCCGCUAUCUUAACCUAUCACGAUUUGGGUUUGAACUAUGCCACUAGCUUUGCUGGAUUUUUCAAUUACCCCUUGAUGCGUGGUUUAUUGGAAAACUUUUGCGUUUAUCAUGUUACUGCACCGGGACAAGAGGAGGGUGCACCAACUUUGCCUGAAGAUUACGUUUAUCCAACCAUGGACGAACUUGCCAAUCAAUUGUUAUUCGUUUUAUCCCAGUUUGGUUUGAAAUCCGUUAUCGGUUUUGGCAUUGGCGCUGGCGCUAAUAUCUUGUGUCGUUUUGCCUUAGCACAUCCCGAUAAGGUGGGUGCAAUGUGUCUCAUCAACUGUGUAUCGACUCAGUCGGGCUGGAUUGAAUGGGGCUAUCAGAGUUUCAAUGCACGUUUUCUACGCACCAAGGGUAUGACACAGGGUGUCAUCGAUUACUUGAUGUGGCAUCACUUUGGACGCAAUCCCGAGGAACGUAAUCAUGAUUUGGUACAAAUCUACAAACAACAUUUUGAACGUGGUGUCAAUCCCACCAAUUUGGCCAUGUUAAUCAAUUCGUAUAUACAUCGUAAUGAUUUGAAUAUUGCCCGUACUCCAACUGGAACUACAACAACAGAGACAUCGGCAACAACACUGAAAAUGCCCAUUAUGAAUAUUACGGGAGCUUUGUCGCCACAUGUGGAUGAUACGGUGACAUUCAAUGGUCGCUUGGAUCCCACCAACUCUACUUGGAUGAAGAUCUCUGAUUGCGCCAUGGUCUUGGAGGAACAACCAGCAAAAUUGGCCGAAGCCUUUAGGCUUUUCUUACAAGGCGAAGGCUACGCCACCCCACUUUCUACACCGGCCUCCUCACCAUGCGGUACCAAAUAUCUAUCCUAUUCCAAUAUUUUCUUUGCCAACUUCAAAGAGGAACAUGAACGCAUCUUGGCCGAGAAACUCAAGCAGCAGCCACCACCAACCCGUAUACGCACCAAUACCCGGCUCUGUCGUGAGACGGCCAUUAACAACAACAAUGAGAGUUCAUCGGCUGAUGUCCAGGAUUCGAAUAAUGGUAACGAAACUGCCACAGCAACAUACGAUUGCAACAAUCCAGAUCUCUUGGAGAAUCUCAAUGAGGAAGAGUGCUCCCUGAACAAACAUGCCAUCAAGGGCAGCAGCAGCACAACAGCCACCAAUCAAAUUACAACUCAAGUCCAUACUGGACAGUCGAAAAAGAUUCGCAUUACCGAAAAUCCACUGCCUGAACCUGUUAGCUGUUAAACAGCCCCACAAGGUUAUGAAGAAAAAAAAACACACAUACACACAACAGACAUUCCCCUUGGCCUGGCGGGCGAGCUGGAAAAAGGGGGACUUGGAAACUAGUUUUGUUUCAUUCGAUUGAUGAUGAAAUCGAAUACCAUUUUUUGUAGAUGAGUAUACACACCACCUUUCUCUCUCUCUCGCUCUCCACCUCAUCAACCAACAACACCUGCAACACCUAGCUAUGUUUCAAGAAGCGCAGAGGACGACUCAUGGCUGCAAAUAUCGACACCCACGCGUUAAAAAGGAAACUUUUAAUCACUUCAUUUUUUUAAUUCCUUGUUACCUGCAGCGGAAUCACGCCCUAGAAGAAAACAAAACGUUGAAUUCAAAAAAAAAAGAGUAUACUGAAAAAAAAAAUCUAGAAAUUGAUUUAAAUUAAUUACCGAAUAUUUGUAGUAGUCCAAAAAGAGAAAAAAUAAAACAUUCCUAGCAACUUGUUUUAGAUAGUGGUUAAGCGGUUUUUCUAGACUCUAUAGAUUAAUGUCUUGGGCACAGGUCAACAAUUUGAAUUAAGGAAUAUAAAAUAAAAUUGGUUUAAGGGCUGUAUUCAGUCGAAAUUAAAGACGAUCUAAUUACACUAUUUUCAUUCAGUCUUUAUACCCUAGACCACAAGGUGUUCAGGGUAUGAUGUCUUUGCGCAUUUGUUUGUAACAAGUAAAAGGAACCGUGAUAGACCCAUAGUUCCUUUUGAUGAUAUCCAUAAUAUCACAUUCUGAGUCGAUUUAUUCAUGGAAAUAUGUAGGAAAUAAGGAAAAAACCAAUGGGUAUAAAAAAUUCGGCUCCGCCGAAAUUAACAGGUUUUUUACUUUUUCGAUCUGUCAGUGGGUAAAACAGUCUUCUCUGCUGCCGGAUAUUUAAGAAUACACCAUUAGAAAUAUUAUAAUAAAUAUAAUUUUGAUUUCAUAAUUGUGAUUCCGAUAGUGAAUGGGAAAGGCUGUAAAUAUCCAUUCCGGACCACUUAUUUAUAAUUUUUCCUUAAAACAUUAUCUCAAUACCUUAAAUAUUUUCGUGGUAUUUAUUCUCUUCUAAAAUAAUUUAUAGUUUAUUUAAUUGUGUAAAUAUAACGGUGAUUUUUUUUGGUCAAAAUAUGAAUCUUUUCGAACAAAAAUCGAAGACUAUUCAAAAAAAAAUAUUUUUUGAAAAAUCCACGGCUCGAAGGCUCUUUAAAAACUAUUCUUUAAAAAAUACAUGUCCGGAAGGCUCUUCAAAAAAUAUUCUUUAAAAAGUCCAUGUCCGGAAGGCUCUUCAAAAAAUAUUCUUUAAAAAGUCCAUGUCCGGAAGGCUCUUCAAAAAAUAUUCUUUAAAAAGUCCAUGUCUCGAAGGCUCUUUAAAAAAUAUUCUUUAAAAAGUCCACGGCUCGGAGGCUAUUUAAAAAAUAUUCUUUAAAAAGUCCACGUCUCGAAGCCUCUUUAAAAAAUAUUCUUUAAAAAGUCCACGGCUCGGAGGCUAUUUAAAAAAUAUUCUUUUACAAAAUACAUGUCUCAAAGGCUCUUUAAAAAAUAUUCUUUAAAAAGUCCACGGCUCGGAGGCUAUUUAAAAAAUAUUCUUUAAAAAGUCCACGUCUCGAAGCCUCUUUAAAAAAUAUUCUUUAAAAAGUCCACGGCUCGGAGGCUAUUUAAAAAAUAUUCUUUUACAAAAUACAUGUCUCAAAGGCUCUUUAAAAAGUCCACGUCUCGAAGGUUCUUCAAAAAAUAUUCUUUAAAAAAUAUUCCUUAAAAAGUCCACGUAUCGAGGGCUCUUUCAAAAAUAUUUUUUAAAAAAUUUACGCCUCAAAGGCUCUUCAAAAAUUAUUCUUUAAAAAAAUUCACGUCUCGAGGGCUCUUCAAAAAUAUUCUUUAAAAAGUCCACGGCUCGAAGGCUUGUCAAAAAAUAUUCUCUAAAAAGUCCCCGGCUUGAAGGUUCUUCAAAAAAUAUUCUUUAAAAAGUCCACGGCUCGAAGGCUCUUCAAAAAAUAUUCUUUAAAAAGUCCACGUCUCGAGGCCUCUUUAAAAAAUAUUCUUUAAAAAGUUCAUGGAUUGAAGGCUCUUCAAAAAAUAUUUUUUGAAAAAUGCACGUCUCGAAGGCACUCCAAAAAAUAUUCUUUAAAAAGUCCAUGGCUCGAAGGUUCUUCAAAAAAUAUUCUUUAAAAAGUCCACGUCUCGAAAUCUCUUCAAAAAAUAUUCUUUAAAAAGUCCACGGCUCGAAGGCUCUUUAAAAAUAUUCUUUUAAAUUCCAUGGAUCGAAGGCUCUUUUAAAAAAAUAUUCUUUAAAAAGUCCACGUCUCGAAAUCUCUUCAAAAAAUAUUCUUUAAAAAGUCCACGGCUCGAAGGCUCUUUAAAAAUAUUCUUUUAAAUUCCAUGGAUCGAAGGCUCUUUAAAAAAAAAUAUUCUUAAAAAGUCCACGUAUCGAAGGCUCUUCAAAAAAUAUUCUUUAAAAAGUCCACGUCUCCAGGGCUCUUCAAAAAAUAUUCUUUAAAAAAUCCACGGCUCGAAGGUUUUUCAAAAAAUAUUUUUUAAAAUAUACAUGUCUCGAAGGCUUGUCAAAAAAUAUUCUUUAAAAAGUCCACGGCUCUUCAAAAAAUAUUCUUAAAAAGUCCACGUCUCAAAGGCUCUUCAAAAAAUAUGAAAACAAAUAUAAAAAUUAAAAAACUAACAAAAUAUUUCUCAUUGUGUAGAGAGCGGCAAAGAAACACUUGAAAUAUUUUUUUAUUUCAAAACACAUACACUCACAAAAUAAUUUUGAAUUUCUCUGUCUAGCCCUGCCUUACAUCCACUAAAAUAUUUGAUACAUUUCAUUCUUUUUUUAUCUGUUGUUGGCCUGUGCCCCACCCCCUCGUAAAUGGUAAAAAUUUUUAAUAAAUCUAUAAAAAAUUGUAGUGAGCCCCACCCCCCUUCUGUCCCAACGUAUUAGUAAUCUCUUAAAUUAUGUUAUGACUUUUUUCAAUAAAAACAAAAAUAAUAACCUCUCUCUAGGAUUGGUAUAAAAAAUCUAUUCUUUCUCUAUCUCCUACUGUUUUAGUUAGAGUUGUAGUCCGUAAAAUUAGUAAAAAACGACGAAAUCUUAAUAGGCUAACAGUUAAAAAGGAUCCCCAAAAAAUUUAUUAAAAAUAAAAAUUCAAUGUAGCAAAACAACAAAAUGUCCAUUCUAAGUUUUAAUCAAAAACUAAUUAGGAUAUAAAUUGAUGAAACAAAAUUAAAAUUAGAAAUGAAAAACCAAAUAGAAAAUUCUCAAUAAAACAAUAAAUUAUGCCGCUAAAGUAAAUAAAAAAUGGCUAGCUAUAACAAUUAAAAAACCUUAAAAAUAAUGGUUCUAUUGCGGACAAAAUAGGCAUACAAAAAUCAAUUCAAUAAAGAAAUAAUUAGAAAUUUGAAAAAAAAAAACAAGAACGAAAGAAUUGUUAAAUUAAUUUAUUUUUUCAUUUUUUUUCGUUUCACUUUGUGCCUGAAAACACACACACACAAAUUUUUUAAAACCAAAAAUAAGAAAAAAAAUUCCCAAAAAAAAUGAAGCUAACCCACAAAUCAAUUUAUUAAAAGAACUAACAACACACAAAACAGCGAGCUUUCAUAACUAUUAUUAUGAUUAUUAUUAAUUAAUUAAAAAAAAAAAAAAUAAUGAAUAAAUAAAAUAAUUAUUGUUGUUAUUUAAACAUACACAAUAUUCUAAGAUGCAAUGAACACCGACAACCAUAUUUAUGUAUUUUUUUUUUGGCUUACAAAUUUAAAGAGAAGAUGAAAAGGAAAAAAAACGAGAAAACCCCGGGAUUUUUGAAGGCGCUUUUAGAAUUGAAUUAUUUUUUUUUUUAAUUUUUUUUUAAUUUCGAUCACCUUUUUAUGUAUAUUUAAAAUUAUUACAUGUUUUAAAAAUUUAAACCGGAAUCGAAGGAAAGAAUUAUGUAGGGAGUCACUUUAAUCUGUCUCUAUCUGAGCUAAUUGACAUGAGGGGCUUAGGAUUUUUAAAUAAUAAUUUCUUAGACCUGUAGCAAUGAAAUCGAUCUAAAUUGGUCUCCAUUUCCUUGUAGCUUUGGACUGUAGCCUUGGACAUCUCAGUUUAGGAAAUUUUUUGACUGUUGCAGUCAUAUUUCCCAUUGAUUUGUUAACAAUUAAGCUUCUCAAGAGUAGAAACAGCUUUUUCAGAAAAAUAAUUGCUACAUUCUGAAAAGGAUUUUUUUUUAUCGAAGGUCAAAUAUUUAUACAUUAAUUUCAGAAAAUUACCAUAUUUUGGGGGUUUUAGAUUUUUUAAGGAAAUACCUUCUAUUAUAAUCAAAAUUUACAGGGUGAGAUAAAAAUCUGCAACAAAGUCAAACGACAUAAUUUUCACACUGUUUUUAAAUUUUAAUAAAUGAAAGCAAAAAAUGUCGGAAAUUGCAACAAAUUCUAGAAUAAGUUUAGAUUUGUUCGAAAUGGUCAUCUUUGGCACGAAUUAUGGUCUUAAAACGACCAAUGAAACCGUUACACGCUGUCCGAAUGUUGCUCUGAGGUAUUUUGGCCAAUUUCCGGCGAAGCGCUUGCUUGAGGUAAUCGACACUUUGGUAUUUUUUAGUGCCAACUUUGCUUUCCAAAAUAUUCCAGUCACAAUAGUGCAACGGAUUGAUAUCCGGAGAUUUUGGUGGCCAUUAUGCACAGGAAAUGAAGCGAGGAACCUCAUUGCGUAACCAUUCUUGGGUGGUGUCUGCUGAGUCCUGUUGGAAUGUCCAAGGUCUGCGACCAAAAUGUUUGCGUGUCAUAGGCUUUAAUACUCCCUCCGGAAUAUUUUCGCAAUAAUAUUCGGCAUUUAUUCUGAUGCCACGGUCGAGCGGAGAACGACCAUCGGCUGUUAUGGCGGCCCACACCAUUACCGUGGCCGGCGCUUGAGUUCUGGUGGUCAACCGAAGGUGUACAUUUUCAGCUGACCUCUAUGGCAAGUAAACACCAUCCUUUUGUUUGUUUACAAACUGCUGGACAGCAAAUGUUUUCUCAUCGGAGAAAACCAAAUUCGGCAGUUCAUCACUUUCGGCCAAGCUAAGCAACUCUUUAGCUCUUUUGAAUCUAUUUUCUUUCUGAUGCGGCGGUGUAUGUUCUUGCACUUUUUGGAAUUUCAAGGGCUCCACCCCGAGCUCAUUUUUCAAUAUUUGCCGAAUGGAAUAUUGCGAUAUGUUUAGCUCACGAGCCAUUUGUCGGCCACUGCAACGCUGGUUUCGAUCAAGUCGCUUC